AUGGAUACCCCGAAUACCCAGAGCGAACAGGUUACCGAGAGAGAGGGGGCUGUUUCUGCAAAUGGAGAGAGUAACACAAGCGCACAGGUCGAUAACAAGGCACGGCAGACAUCCGAUUCUCCCGUCCAGAAGACCAAAUCGAAGAAGUCGAAGUCAAAAUCGAAGAAGGCUGGCAAAUCCAAGGCUAAGAAGGCCAAGGAGGUUGUGAGUAGUGACAGCGAGGACUCAGAUACAUCUAGCGAUUCAGAAUCGGAUGAUGAUGAAUCUUUGAGCGACUCCGACGAGGACUCAGAGACCGAGACUGAGAAGGAAAAGAAGAAGCGAAAGGCGAAGAAGAAGGCUAAGCAAAAGGCAAAAGCUAAGGGCAAAGCUAAGGGCAAGCGUAAGGCAAAGAAGGGGGCAUCAUCAGACUCCGAUUCAUCUGAUUCAGAUGAAGACUCAGAGACAGAAGAAGAGGCCGAAAUCGACGAUGAAGUGUCUGAUCCCAACGCCGAGCUUUCACAACAACUCUUGUUGCAACAGAUGCAGCAGUUACAAGGCGGCUUGGGAGGCGCAGGUGGUCUAGGACGAGACUGGAUGGGCGGUCUUGGCGGAGCAGGCAACGGUCGACAAAUAGUUCCUGGCGGUGGACCCCGAUCUGCUGCUCGUCUUCAAGCUGCGAGAAAUGCCGCUAUGUUGUCCCAACUUGACGGUUUAGGGAAGAAGUCGAAGAAGGAUAAAAAGGAAAAGAAGGGUAAAAAGAAGCGUGCUAGCAAGCUAGAGUUCAAGAGAGUUGACCAGUUGUGGGAUAGUACUAUCCAUAACUACAAGCUUACUGAUACGGCUGAGGAUGAGGAGAGCUCCGAAUAUGACCAAUACCUGUUCAAUGUUCGGAGAACUUUUGAUUGGGAGGGCAAGUACAAGACAACCGUAGUUGACAUCAAGAGCAAGCUCCUGAAAGAGGCCUUGAAUGAGGUGAUGGAUGGUGUCAAGGGUGUAAGCCUCGUUGAAGAGACCCCAACUAUCGACCCCAACUUGCUGUUCCUUUACCUUGAAGACCUCCGAGGAGUAUUCAAGGAAUUGAAGAAUAAGAAGGUUACAGCCAAGAAGGGCAAGAAGAAGCAAAAGAAGCGCAACGAGACCAAGCGGAAGCAUCUCAAGGUUUUCAUCAAGUACCUCGACAAGGAUUAUGCAUCUACCAAGAAGACUCUUUACCCUAUGGUGGAGUCUGGCUUGAUUACCUUUGAUCUGCUCUGGGCCUUGUACAAGCCAAACACCCUUGCUUUUACUACUACCUAUGGUUCUGCUGAUGAGCCUCGCGCUUUCAAGAUUGAGCUUGCUGAGAAGGAAUAUAGUUUCAUGAAGGGCGAGUGGUACAACAUUGAGGGUCGAUACCUUGAGUAUGACGGCAAAGCAUGGGGCAUGGGUUCUAUGGACGUCGAUGUCGCCGCAUUCAAGGGAGCACGGAAAAUUACCAGUUUAGGGUGCUACCCCUUGAAGUAUCACAAGAAUGAGACUAAGCUCCGAUCCGAGCUGAUCGAGCGAGGCAAGAAAUUCGUUAGUCUCCAGGGCGUCAACUACAGAUCUCACGAGGGUCUCGCAUACUACAAGAAGAAGCGACAAGUCAUCAAAGUCAACAUCAACGGCCGAAUCAUGGUCGACCCUGCGAUCCACCGUCGUAUCCUGCCAAAUUACCAAGUCAGUACUGUCAAGCCAAAGGACCCCGAUCUGCUGGAAUCGGAUGAUGAGUCUGAUUCUGACGGUUGUGGCUGUGAAGACUCUGAUGAUGAGCAAGGUGGUCAUAACAUGGAAAAUUACGAGCACGACAAAGACGAUGAUAGGCCCAAGAUGAAGCUGAAAGUUGUUCUUGAUGACAAAGAGGAGCCUCACAUCGUCGAAGUCCCUGUUGAUGUUGAUGGCCAAGAGAUUUCCGUCGAGAAGCUUGAGGAGGUUCCUAGCAAGAUGGUCAAGACCAAGGAUGGCGAGGCUGUCACUUCUGAAGAGGACAAGAAGGCUCUUCCCACAUUUACUGACGAGGAGUACUUAAUUGCUUCCCCUGUUGUCCUUGGGUUUGCCUUCGCUGAGAAGCUGUGGCUUGAGUUCACUGUCUCCGGCGUCAAGGAUAUUGUGUGGAAUGAGGGUGCUUAUGAUUCGCUGGUCUUGGAGGACAACACCAAAGCCAUCGUUAAGGCAUUGGUCGAGUCGCACAAGUACCACCCAGCUGAGAGCAUCGACGAUGUCAUUCAAGGCAAAGGCAAAGGUCUCGUUGCAGUCCUGCACGGUCCACCAGGUACAGGAAAGACUCUCACGGCAGAGGGUAUCUCCGAACUUCUGAAGUGCCCACUAUACAUGGUCUCCGCUGGUGAACUGGGCACGGAUCCUCGAACUCUCGAGGCUGAGCUCCAGAAAAUCCUCGAUAUAGCCCACGCCUGGGGCGCCGUGCUCCUCCUUGACGAAGCAGAUGUAUUCCUCGAAAAGCGCACAAUCCAAGACAUUCACCGCAACGCGCUCGUCUCCAUCUUCCUACGCCUCCUCGAAUACUUCCAAGGCAUUCUCUUCCUCACCACCAACCGCGUCGAGACCUUCGACGACGCCUUCCAGUCACGUAUCCAUAUCGCUUUGCGUUAUGGAGAACUAAGCGCGAAGGCGAAGAAGAGUGUUUUCAAGAUGUUUAUUGAGAGGGUCAGAGUGCUGGAAGGCGUGGAGACAAUGCCAUUUACAGACGAAGACUUGAGUACGCUGAGUAGGAAUAACUUGAAUGGGCGACAGAUCAAGAACACAAUCCGCACCGCCCAAGCCCUUGCCGUAAACAACAACGAACCCCUCAGCAUGUCACACAUCAAGCGUGUCCUGGACGUCUCGAACGCUUUCGAUCGGGAUCUGAAGGGUGGCCCGGGUUUCGAGGAUGCUAUGCGUGGAUACUUCUGA